AUGGCGCCGCAGCCCGACACGCUCGUUGUCGGCCUCUCGCCACUCUCGGCCGCCGACGCCGCCGCCAAGCUCCUCGGCCUACACAAGGUCUACCAUACGGCGCCGGCCCACGCCGAUGCCAACGACGACGCCACAGCCGCGGGUGCCGGACCUGCCAAGCGGCGCAAGUUCACGGCGCGGCCUGCGCUGCCGAUCCAAGCGCGGGCGCUGGCGACCUCGACGUCGGACGAGGACUCGUCGGACGACGACGAGAAUGUGUAUGGGUCGGCGACGGCGGCGGCGGCGGCGGCGGCGGCGGCAGCGGAGAUCCGCCCGGGCUCGCGCUCGUUUGCGCACUCGUCCGAGCCUCCACUGUUCGGGGUGAGCCUCGCAGCUGAUACCCGGCACUCCAAGUCUGCGCUGCUGCAGCGGCCCAACGUGACGCUGCGUGAGGGCGUCGAGCUCUUGCCGCCUGCCGAGGUGCCCAAGUGCCAGCCCGAGGACGUCGCGGCGCUGCUGACCAAGCACGAGCGCAAGGCCGCUGCCAAGCUCUACCGCAAGCACAUCCGCAAGAUCCGUCGCCGGAACAACGAUAUGUCGGCCAAGUGUGCGUCGGCGCGCGCCGCCGCCGCUUCGGCCGCCGCUUCGGCCGCCGCUUCGGCCGCCGCUUCGGCCGCUGCAGUCGUCACCGCCUCCCGUGCCCUCGCUGAUGAGGCCGCGGCGUCGACUGUCGACACCGCUACACUCAGCCGGGCCCGCAAGGCCUCGCGCGUUCGCCGCCGUGUCUCGUCUGACGACGACGAAUCUGAGUCGGAUGAUGACGACGACGCACCCCCCACUGCCUCGGCCGGCUCCGCCUCGGGCGGUCUUACCCCGGCCGCUGAAGCCGCCCUCGCCAUGCCGCCUGUUCCGGUCCCGGCCUCGCCGCCGGCCUUUUGCGGCUCGCCGAGCGACGAGCCGCCGCUGCUCUUCACCCUCGACCAAGUCUCCAACCUCAUGGACCGCAUGCUCGCCGACUACGACUACAAGCUCCGGGCCCAGUAUUCCGAGCUCGCCCACGACCGCAUCCAGGAGCGCUUCCAGUUCCUCUCCGAGUUUAACCGCGAGCUGCACGUCAACCGCUACGCCUCCUCGGUCCCAUCGUACAUCAACUGAUCGCCCCCCACCACCCUACCCUACCACCCAUUUUACCAACCUGCCUCAAUCUCUAAACCUCCACCAUCCUCAUCA